AUGGCCGUUCAGUCCCUCCCCGCCGUCAUCGACAUCGACGAAGUGCUCCCGGGCACGCGAUGCGUCUUCAUCGAUGAAUCCGCCAGCAGCACCUCGGCAAAUGGCCUGCUGCAGAAGCACGACGGCAUCGUCCUCGUCCCCCAGCCAACUCAGUCGCCCAACGACCCCCUCAACUGGAGCUUGUGGCGCAAGAUAUGGCACACCGGCCUUGUGUGUUUCGCCGUCGCCCUGACCGCUGCCACGUCCAACGUUGCUGGUUCCGCGAGCACGGGCGUGAAUGAAGAGUAUGGCAUCAGCUACGAUGUCUUCAACACCGGGGCUGGUGUUCUCUUCCUUGCUAUUGGGUACUGGACUUUGCUGAGCUCGCCUGCUGUCCAUCUUUACGGACGCCGAAUUCUGUACCUCGUUGGCGCGACUUGGGGUCUCAUUGGCAACAUCUGGUUUGGACGACUGAAAACCUCGUCUGAUGCCAUCUGGACACAGCUCUUUGUCGGAGCCUCCGAGUCAGUCGCAGAGGCCGUGGUGCAGCUCUCCCUUCUUGACAUUUGGUUUGAGCAUCAGAACGGCACCUCGAUGGGUUUCAGCCUUGGAUGGCGCUGGAUUGGAUACCUCGGCGCCAUCAUGUCUGCCUUCAACUUUGUCCUCUUCUACUUUGGCCUGGAAGAGACGGCGUUCCCACGCGAGCGUUACCAGCGGGAACAAACGGAGAAUCGCGCUGGCCCAUCUUCUUCCCCGAAUAGCGACGAGAAGACGGCAAACGCCAUCCCCAACGUAGCUGAUGUCAAUACGAGUGCAUCAGACGAAGAGGCCGCGGCCAGCCCUCGCGACACCGACGAGUUCUCCAUCAACUACACGCGCCCCAAGUCUUACUGGCAGCGCAUUGCCCUCAUCACCCCCGCCCCCAACCUGCGCGGCCUGGGAGCCAAGCAGUAUGUUGGCCGUCUGUGGCAUACGCUGCGCAUCUUUACCUUUCCCGCUGUCUGGUUCGCCGGCCUGCAGUGGGGCAUGCAGAACAUUGCCCUGUCCUUUUACCUCACCAUCGAGGAGGACUACUGGACAGACGAUCCGUGGGACUAUGGCGAUACCGCUGUCAGCAACAUGAACAUUCCCUGUCUCAUUGGAAGCAUCAUUGGCUGUUUCUACGGUGGCUACCUGAGCGACUUGUUUGUCCUCUGGGCCAGCCGACGCAACAGAGGUAUUCAGGAGGCCGAGUUCCGCUUGUACCUCAUGUUCCUCUGCGUCAUCAUCUUCCCCACCGGCAUGUGGCUCUUUGGCAUCGGAUCGGCCAAGGGCUGGAGCUGGCCCGUUCCCUACGUCGGCCUUGGCUUCAUAGGCUUUGGCUACGGCUGUGCAGGAGAUCUUAGUUUGACCUACCUCGCCGACUGCUAUCCCGAUAUGGUCCUCGAGGGCAUGGUGGGAGUUGCCGUCAUCAACAACACGCUGGCCAUGGUCUUCACCUUUGUGGCUAGCUACUGGCUCGACACGGGCGUCAUGGACACCUUUAUCGAGCUUGGCGUCUUGGGAUUUGUCAUCUUGAUGCUGUCUCUGCCCAUGAUUAUCUGGGGGAAGCGCGCUCGUCGCUGGACGAAGCAGAGAUAUCUCAACUUCUUGGAGAUUCGCGACGGAAUGGGACACUGA